GAGACAGAGAGAGAAAGGAAAUGCUCCCACUUUUUACGCGAACGACGACAUCAGUGUAUGCGCGCACCAACACACUCACAACUCUGGCAUUCCAAGAUGGCUGUGGAGAACAACAACGCGCGCGGCGCAGCCGCUCAGUCUUCCUAGGAGUCGCGGACUGUCACCUCGCGCUCGCGAUAUAUUUAAUUACAUUUCCUUCUACGACUCAUCCCGUGUGCCUAAUACAGUGUACAUGUACCUGCAGUGUAUUUCCGACCCUCUGGAAUGUAAACGGAAGCGUCUGCACGAGUAGAGCGAGAGAGAGAGAACGUCCAGAGAAAAUACUCGCGUCCGUGUGUUACAGUGCAGUGCAGUGCGGCAGGAGAGGAGAGAGUGUGUUUCUCCUUUUUUCGCGAGGAUCUUUAAACGGCGCCGGAGCUGCGAGAGGACAUGGCCAAGUCCGUGCUGGGCUCGGACACGAUGCCCAAGGCGGGCAGAGUCAACGAAGGGACGCGGACAGAUGCAGCGCUUGUGUAACGAGAUUUUCAAGGAUUAGACGUUUCGAGCGCGUUCGGGUGUGCAGGGAGUGGUUGGUGCACGAGGAUGGAGCAUUGGCCUAUCGUCUUCAAGAUGAAGAAAUCAAGGAGCAUUACACACACAAUAAAGUUCGAAAUGCACAGGUGAGGGAAGAUCUUCCCAAAGCUAGAGUAGAGCAAGAAAUAGAGAAGUUGAGAUACCUAUCUCAUGUGCAAGAACAAGAAGAGAGAGAUGCACUUGUAGCAAGGCAAAUUGCACUUUCACUUGAACGAGAGGAACGAAUGAGAGAAAGAGAAUUACGAGAGCAAAUGAGACUGCAGCUUCGGUUGGAUGACGAAGCAGCAAGAUUAGAAGCUGAAAGUGAAAUACAACGACGGAUACAAGAAGAAAAAGAUCAGGAAUUGGCAAGGAAGCUACAAGAAGAGGAAGAACUAGUAGGUACUGAUACCCAGGAUGGCGCGGUGGUGGACGAACAGCUCCUACUGGAUCAUAAAAUUGCGAUGGAGGCGCAAGACGCCGAGUUGGCUCGCAUGCUGCAAGAGAAAGAGCGGGCGAAGGCAAAGCGAGCGCGAGAACGAGCCCGACAGAAGAAAUUAGAACGCCAGCAGCAACAGCAGCUGGAAGAGGAGCAGAUGUCAGCGGCCAGCGGUAGCCUGGAGAGGUCGCAACGACCUGAUAAGCUGGACUUGAAGCCAAGCCUGCCCAAACCGCGUCAGACGCGACACACUCGGCAGCCCUCGGACCCGGAAGAGAUCCGAAGCUAUUCGGAGGAGGUAGACGGCGAGGAAGGCGCUACGGCACUUGCUGCAGCUAUUUCGGAACCGCAGCCACGCAAUGUUGCUGCGAUGAUCGAUCCCACGUAUAAUGGGAGCGCUUAUGGCACAAGCUUGUCUAGUGGCGGGUCCAGUAGUAUCAGCCCCACGUACGCGUUGUCGACGCCACCGCCGGUGCCUUCGGCUGGGCCUCACAUCGACGUGGUCAGCCUUGACGACGCGGCGUCUUGCUACAUGCCUGUGCCUGGCACGCGGCGUAAUCCUGGACAGCAACACUCUCCUUUGCAGAAUCAAGAGGAAAAACACAAACGUCGCGUUAAAGAUAGCUGCAGGCAGCAGUAAACGAUAAUCAAAUGAAGAAAUGAAAAAAACUACUGAACUGGAUUGUAUACGUUUAUAACGGUUCUGCGUUGUUCAUUGGUGGAAAUAUUUUUAUUGCCUCCUUCUAACUGAGAUUCAUUGUUGAUAGUUGUUAAAACUUGCAUAUUUUUAUGAUUCAAAAAAAUCGUUUUAUUUUUUUUUAAUAUAUAUGCAAAUGAAAGCAUGACUGUACGUUGUUGUACAAGUACAGCAAACAUUUAUUUUUCCUAAUCAAAAUCGUGGCUAGAUACUUGAAAAGAUAAAGAAAGUUUGAAUUUCUAUAUUUUUAUUGUGUCAUCAUAGUUUUGUUUUAAAAACGUGACGUAUAGUUUCAAAAAUUUUAUUUUAUUAUUACUUAAUUUGGAAAAUCAAAAACUUGUACUCGGAUUUUAUGAGAGUAUAAACUCGACUAAACUAUUUGCAACUAAUGUUAGAAAAACAUUUUAUCAAGUUACUAUGGGAUCUAUUAAAUAAAUUUAAUAAUCCUUACAUCGCAUAGAAAGUAAUAAACUUGUAAUUGUAUACUUUUAUACAAAUUUUGAACAGAAAUAUUUCCACCAAGGUCUAUAAUAUAGCCGACGUGUGAGGCCUUUUUCAUUAUUUUUAUUAAAAAAUGAUACGCUAUUGAAAACUCUGCCGUGCCUUGAAGGAAUGGGCAUCAAAAUUCACACGUGUGCCUCGAGUGUCAUGCAAUAAAACAAAAAGUAUGGCAUUUAUAAGAUUAAUUAUAAUCUUGCCUCUCUAUUUCCACUAGGUUUAAACAAAAAUUUUAAGAAAAUCAAUUUAUAUCUAUAUACAUCGAACCCAACGGCGGUAGCUUCCCGCUCGUGAAGAAAGCGUGAAAUUGUAUAUAAUCGUGCGCAAUUAUAUGCGAUAACAUAAUAUGCAAACUGUGUAAUAUUUUGACGGGAUUUUAUCGCUGAUUUUUGGUAAUUCCGACAUUUUACAUGAACCAAUUAUUGCCAAAGAUCUGAGAUCUUGCAGAGAUUGCUUUUUACCGAAUUCCAUUAUUGAGAAAAAAAAAUGAGAUCGUGUUUAAACUACUCAAUGUGUUUUUUUCUAUUUUACCAGUGCGUGGUCCAAACAAAUGAAUCAAGUAUUAGUAUUAUCAGUAUCAGCUUUGCGUUACGUGCGAAUAGAGAAAUACUUGUGUUAUGAGCAAUAAAGAAUUAUGGAUGCGUGGAGUAAACCACUUUUACUGUGGUUAAAUAUGUAUAAUUACAACUAUAGCUUUACUCAUACGGUUUAUUAUAUACAAGCGGUUUAUUAUAAAAGGGAAUUUUGGAGACUUGAUUAGAAAUUACUAGACUUAUACCUUCUUUAUUGAAUUAACAUAUGAUGUAUCAAUAAAUUAUUUACAACAAUAUCAUA